GCCUCAAGUUGUGGUUUACGAAAGUAAGUUUCCAAACCGAUCAUGGGAUCAAUUGAUCUGUCAGCGCUGAUGACUCUUCAUAGAUAACAAUAUCAUGCCCUUGAACGUGGAUGGAUCCAUGAUGCUUGAUGAAACGUGCGACUUCAAUGAUACCUGGAAGGAAAUGGAGAAAGUUCUUACCAGCGGUAAGGUCAGAUCAAUUGGCGUCAGCAACUUUUCGAUAAAAACGUUGGAACAGCUUUUAAAAACGGCCAAAGUUACGCCCGCUGUCUUGCAGAUCGAAUUACAUCCAUAUCUGGCGCAGAAUGAGCUAUUGCAGUGGUGCAAGAAUAAGGGUAUAACGGUUGUCGCCUACGCUGCCACUGGUUAUGAUGCUGUUCGCGAAGAUCCGAUCAUUGUGGCGCUGGCGAAAAAGUAUAACGUCACUCCAACCCAGAUUGUCCUAUCGUGGCACAUCAGACGCGAGACAGGUCUUGUCGCUAAGAGUGAGAACCCCAGCAGGCAAGAAGAGAAUUUGAAAGUUAUUGAACUACAAGAAGAGGACGCAACACGGAUCGAUGCAUUAGACAAGAAUAGAAGGCUGUGUAUACAGCCUGAUAAGCAGGGAAAGGUGUUUGGGUGGACCUUCGACCGCUUGGGAUGGCAAGAAGAAGGCGUGCUUCAGACAGAAGCAAAACUUUGAGGUGGAUUUAGGAUUAUGCUUGGAUGACUUCAGUGUUCCAUUCGAGCUGAUAGAUUUCAUUUGUCCCUGCUGUAAUUGACAUUAUUCUCAUCUUCUGCUGGGUAGGCCCCGCGGGCAAAUCCCAGGCUGGUCUUGUGAUGGUGGUGCCGGGC